AUGUCUGUACUCACCCACCUUCUGGCGUGCCUUUUUGGCAUGGGUUCCUGGGUAUCCAUCAAUGGUCUUUGGGUAGAACUUCCUCUGAUCGUCCCCCAAAUUCCAGAGGGCUGGUACCUCCCAUCGUACCUCUCGGUUCUAAUCCAGAUGGCCAACGUAGGCCCGCUCUUCGUCACCCUGAUGCACCGUUUCAGACCGGGAGCUCUCAGCGAAACUGCCGUCGUCUACGUCAUCAUCACCCUCGGCACAAUGGCCAGUUUCCUGUUAGGUUUCUUCUGGAAGGAGACUGUCGUUGUAGCGGGAGCACCCCGCAGCGUGGCGUUGCUUGUCCUCACUUUCUUCCUCGCUGCUGUUGACUGCACCUCCUCGGUUACCUUCCUUCCUUUCAUGAUGCGCCUCAAGCCCCAGUACCUCACCACCUACUACAUAGGCGAAGGAGUGAGCGGCCUACUGCCCGCUCUUGUGGCCCUCGUCCAGGGUGUUGGUGUGGUUCACUGCAUCAACAGUACUGUGAGCCAAAACGCCACCGAGAGUUUUCCGACAUUUCAGGCUCAACACCAGCCGGCCAACUUUUCAGCAGAGGUCUUCUUCUUCUUCCUGAGCGCUAUGAUGCUUGUGUGCUUGGUGGCAUUCCUGCUGCUCAACUAUCACCCCGCCGUUGCCAAGGAGAAGACAAAAGACCGGUACAUCAACGGGGUUAAUGAGAAGAAUUGGGUGGAGAAGAGGCCAAUGGUGGAACCGUACAGACCCGAAAGACAGAAGAGCAGUUUCGGUGUUGGGACUUACAGCUGGAUGCAAGUGUUUUACAUCUUCGUGAUCCUGGCGUGGACCAAUGCUCUGACAAAUGCGGUGCUUCCGUCAGUGCAGUCGUACUCAUGCAUGCCAUACGGAAACAACGCCUAUCACCUGUCUGCCACCAUGGCGGCUGUGUCCAACCCUUUGGCCUGCUUCAUUGCCAUGUUCUUCUCGAUAAGAUCCUUGUGGCUGAUGGGGGUUCUUACAUUCCUGGGCAGUGGCAUCGGGGCUUUUAUAAUGAGUAUGGCCACCCUCAGCCCGUGUCCACUGCUGGUGAAUGACGUGUGGGGUGGCGUGAUCAUGGUAGUGGCGUGGAUCGUGUUCGUUCUCACCCUGUCCUAUGUCAAAGUGAUCAUCGGUGUGAUCUUGCGGGACGAGGGUCACAGCGCCCUGGUGUGGUGCGGGGCGGUGGUUCAACUGGGUUCCCUGCUGGGUGCCGUUACCAUGUUCCCAAUGGUCAGUGUGUACAGCUUCUUUGCGUCCGGAGAUCCGUGCAACACCCGAUGUCCGUGA